AUGUCUCCUACCGCACUACGUAAUGUCGACUCGGUCGAAAUCGUGGACAUUCAUCAAGAUGACAUGGCAUUUUCCUUGGUGGAUGAUAUCUACAAGAAUCUAGACCCGCCCCCCGGCACGCAGCGCACAUUCCCGACCCUUUUACUCUACGACGCGAAAGGAUUGAAGCUGUUCGAGAAGAUUACCUAUCUGGAAGAAUAUUAUCCCACAAACACAGAGAUUCAACUGUUGAAAACUCAUGCGAAGCGCAUAGUUGAACGCAUCCCGGAGAAUGCGCAGUUGGUGGAGCUUGGCAGUGGAAACCUCCGGAAAAUCGAGAUACUACUGCGAGAAUGUGAGCGAACGGAGAAAAAGGUCGAUUACUAUGCACUAGACCUCUCGUUGGCCGAAUUGCAGCGAACAUUUGCUGAGAUCUCCCCGGAAAGCUUUGCAUAUGUGGGAUUCCAUGGACUGCAUGGAACAUAUGAUGAUGCAGUGGGCUGGCUGAAAAGUCCCGAAAACCGCAACCGGCCGACAGUGGUUAUGUCCAUGGGCUCGUCUAUUGGAAAUUUCGACCGCGGCAGCGCUGCAGAAUUCCUUGGUGGCUUUUCUAAGCUAUUGGCGCCUUCGGACUUUAUGCUCAUUGGCUUGGAUGGCUGUAAAGACCAAGAGAAGGUCUUCAGGGCCUACAACGACUCUGAGGGUAUCACUCGUCAGUUUUAUGAGAAUGGCCUUAUACAUGCCAACACUGUUCUUGGCUUUGAGGCUUUCAAGGCCAGUGAAUGGGAGAUCUUGACUGGAUAUGAUGACCGCGAAGGUCGCCACCAAGCCUGUUACGCGCCCAAGAUUGACGUUACCAUUAAUGGAAUAACUAUUCCGAAGGGAGAGAAAUUAUUAUUCGAAGAGGCCUGGAAGUAUGGUCGCGAAGAACGAGAUCAGCUAUGGAGGAACUCAAAUUUAAUUCCGCAAGUUGAGUUUGAAAAUUUCACCGAUGAUUACCACAUCCACCUCUUGUCGCCAACCACUUUGGAUGUACCGAUGCAUCCCGCAAAGUACGCAGGCCAACCAAUUCCCAGUCUUAACGAUUUCCAAUCUCUUUGGACCGCCUGGGACAUUGUUACAAAGACUAUGAUUCCUCGCGAAGACCUUUCAUCAAAGCCUAUCAACUUACGCAAUGAGUUGAUCUUCUAUCUUGGUCAUAUUCCUACGUUCUUCGAUAUUCAUUUAACGCGGGCAUUACAAGAUCAGCCCACCGAACCUGCCGACUAUCAAAAGAUUUUCGAGCGUGGUAUCGACCCAGAUGUUGAAAAUCCAGAGCAAUGUCACAGCCACAGUGAGAUACCAGAUGAGUGGCCGGCCUUGGGAGACAUCCUGGACUACCAGGAGAGAGUCCGCAACCGCGCACGAGCAAUUCUCCAAGAGGGAUAUGCAGACCAAGACCGGACUCUUGGAGAAGCACUCUGGAUCGGAUUUGAGCAUGAAGCGAUGCAUCUUGAAACCUUCUUAUACAUGCUCCUCCAAAGUGACAAGACGAUGCCCCCUACUGGAACCGAGCGCCCCGAUUUCGAGCACAUGAGUCGCCAAGCUAAGUUGAACGAGAAGCCUAAUAAAUGGUUUAGCAUUCCACAGCAGACAUUCAAGAUUGGAUUGGAUGAUGGCCGUGAGUCUAGCUUGCCAGAAAACUCAUUCGGGUGGGACAACGAGAAGCCCGAAAGAGAGGUGACUGUGGGUGCUUUUGAAUCACAGGCACGCCCGAUUACCAAUGGGGAAUACGCAAAAUACUUGCAAGAAAAGGGUGUUCAUAAUUACCCAGCGUCCUGGGUAGUCACCCGUGAACAGAAAGACACUAUCGUGAGGGGCAUUGGUUCCACAGGAGCACAGGCAGGCUCUAGUGCCGCCCCGGCAAGAUUGCCUUUGGAAAAUAUCUCAGUUCGAACUGUGUAUGGUCCGGUUUCUUUGGAACUAGCACAGGACUGGCCAUUGAGUGCUUCAUAUGAUGAGGUGUCGAGCUAUGCAAAGUGGAUGAACUGCAGGAUCCCCACCAUGGAAGAGACCAGGAGUAUUUACCACUACUCCGAUAAGCUCAAAGGUCACCCAGUUACAAACGGCCAUAGCUCCGAGGUGAAUGGGUCGAGCAAGUCUGGCUCUGGCAAGGGAUCAACCUUCCGCGAUCUCAAUGGUUGCAAUGUCGGAUUCAAAAACUGGCAUCCCACUCCAGUUACCCCAGAUGGUGACAGGCUGGCGGGUCAGAGUGACAUGGGAGGUCUCUGGGAAUGGACUAGCACGCCUUUGAUGCCACAUGAGGGCUUCAAGUCUAUGGAUAUCUACCCCGGAUACACCUCUGAUUUCUUUGAUGGAAAACACCACAUUGUCCUUGGAGGUUCGUGGGCUACUUUCCCCCGAAUUGCCGGCCGCACCAGCUUUGUCAAUUGGUACCAGCACAACUACCUCUAUGCUUGGGUAGGUGCCCGCCUUGUGCGAGAUCUGUAG